AUGGUUGUAGUUGAUGAUGACUUUGAUGCGCUGACGGUUUUGCAUAUGCGCAUUCGGACCCCAAUUCUUGCCAUAAUCGCGGUUCAUGGGGCGCUUGGAGGUCAUGCAUUUGGUUCUUGGACAUUCAGGGGCCCGGGGAGUAAUGGUGCUGGCGCCAUGUGGCUCCGCGAUUUUCUCCCGGAUGAGAUCCCGCAAUCCCGCAUCAUGACCUACGGAUAUAAUUCAAACAUUACCGACACAGACAGUGUCGCGGGCAUCCGGUCUUACGGUUCAUCGCUACUUAAUAUUAUCAAUGACAUGAGGACCACGUCGAAGGAAAAGGAGAGACCGAUCAUAUUCAUAUGCCACAGUCUGGGAGGUAUAGUUGUAAAGGAGGCCCUAAAUAGGGCCAGGGUGCAUAAUUAG